GCAGGCUCGCAAAAACCCUCUCUGGUUGUAUGCUGGUGACAAAGACUACGACCGCAUAUCCAAGGAUCUUUCCGUGAAAGAUUUGGAAAAGCUUGUCCGAAGAUCUCGUCGCUGAGCAAGAAAGACGCCAUUCCGACCUCUUGUCGCGUGGAACCGUAUAGCGGAACCCACGCCCUCCCCAAGGUAAACUAUCUUUGUCCUCCACGAAUUUCACUUUUUCGACUGCUAUGUUGCCGAAUUCAUUGAUGUAAUUUCUUGUCGAUAUAUCUUUUUCUUCUGUAGAAGCAUCAAGUUGUAUCUUCGCUACCUCCCCUUCCUGAAGGUGGGGAAGUCGAAGAACGAACCAUUGUUACCGAUGACACCCAGGGUAUUUCUCGCCCUGAGAGUGAAGUCGCAGGAUCUCAUAAAUCCGCGGCUUCCUCUGAAAGAGAAACUGCAUCCGAGGCUUCCCAGUCAGCCCAUUCACCUCCUUCCGCUGUUUCACCAAGGAACAAAAGGAAGAGAGGUGAUGCUGAAGACACCGGCACCUCCAAGCUUAGCAGUUCGCCUGUCGAAGAAACUGCUCCAGAGGGGACUUCUCCCAAAAAAGAGGGGACCUUCGACGCUUACAAUGAUGCCACCGUGAGCUCGUGAGUUAUCUUGUCGUCUUUUUCUCUUUAUGUACUACGUGGUGAAUAUUCUCAUGCUAUCUUUAGUACACAGUGGCGAUGAAGAAGAAGAACCCGCUGUCAAUGUGACUGCUCCUAUGAGUACAUCACAAACUUUGGUUUUGUCAGAGACUCAUCCUACGGCGGAGGAAACCUCGCCUCCUGAACAAGAUCUUCAAAGGUCGACUCCUGCCGCCAGCCCCUGAGCCUCCUCGCCAAAGAGAGCGAGGAUUGAGCUUGGGGAGGAGCACAACAUAGUUGGGAGUUCGGCGACUCCCCCUUUGGACGAUCCUCUUAUGCAACACUUCAUUAGUCUCGGCACCCAAUUUAUUGGGUACCGCGACACCGUCAAUGGUCUGAAAGAGGCUCUCGUUACAGCUAAUAAGCGUGCUGAUGACCUUGCCGUCAAGUUAGAGCAAAGUGAGAAAGCUCGCCAGAAGGCUGAACAAGAUGCUGCUUCCGUUGGAGAUCUUCGAAAGAGACUCCACGAGGCUGAAGCUGCCUUGAGUGAUAAAAUCACUCAACAAAUUGCCCAAGAAAAAGAUGUCAGUGGCCGCUUGGAGUCGCAAAAUCGUCUUUUUGCAAGAAAAAUGGGUCAAGAUUUCGAACUCGAGGAACCUGAAGGAAAUCGUCUUCGCGACGCCCUCUCCUUACUGGAAAUUCAUGGGGAUCUGGCGCGUCGCACUAUUGUCGACGCGAAAACUGCCUUGACGCGCCUCUUCCCGUACUUCUUCCCGAAGAAAAACCUGCCCAACACCUUUGCUGACCUUACCAAGUACUUCAUUCCUGAAGAAGAUCUUGGACUGGCUCUUCGACAAGAAAGCUUGAAGAUUGGCGUUGAAGGCACCAUAGCUUUGGUUGCCGAAAGCCUGCAAGACGUCAACUGGGCGAAAGCUGGCGAAACAAAGAGGAUGCAGACGGAGAAGUGGCGAGCCUUGAUUAAAGAUGCCAAGCCGCACUCGAAGAAGAUCCUCUCCUUUCUCGGAUACAAACUAGCUCCUUCCUCCAGUUCCGCCAAGCCGGAGGUCAAGUAGACCAACU